AUGGAUUUCACAGCGGCAUAUCGGCAUGCCGCGUGGCGCUGCAUCGCCUUUUCGCCCGGCUCGACCUUUCUGGCUUCCGUGACCGGAGACGAUGCCUGUUCCGUCGUCGUGAGAGCAAGCUCGACGUUACAAGUGAUUCGAACAUGGACUCUGGAAGCUUCGAUCGGCGUACUAGAGUGGUCUCCCGAUGGUGCAUUCCUACUGGCAGCACAUCCGGGACAGAAGGAGGAUGGCGUUGUCUUUGUGGUGUCGCUGGACCCAGCCAAGGAAGCGAACGAUGGGUCAGACGAAGGAUCUGGAUGGGUCGCGAGGAUCUCUUCUGGCUCAGACGGACUCUCUCAUGCUACGUGGGCGCCUCCAUAUGGACCCAAGACGCUCAUUCUAUUCAGUCAAAGUCAUCUACGAGCCUCACUGUACAACCUCGUCGACCAACACAUCUCGGCCAUCGAAGGACCGAAACACGACAAGAUCGCAUGGACAUCCAAGCAGCCCAACUUGUUCGCCGGCAUCCUCAAAGGCUCCGAACGCGACUCCCUAUACAUCUUUUCAUUUCAAAAACUGUUGCACAAGGAUCUGCAGCAGUUCACCAACAAGCCGAAGUCGGAUGAAAUGUGGAAGGUGGAGCAGGCCUUUCAUCUUGCCAUGAAUGAUGCGCAUGACGUCCUUUGGUCACCAGAUGGCAGCUGCUUGGCAGUGUGGGAAGGACCGUUGGAGUACAAGCUGCAAAUCUACACGCCUCUCGGUUCCCUUCGAGCAACUUUCCUCGUCGAACCGGACUCGGACUCCAAUACGCCUGUCACACGGGCAGGUGCGGUCGGCGAGCCCCGACAACCGUCCAAGCGACGACAAGAAUCGGCGGAUCUCGCCAGCAUAGUUGCCGGUGGCGGUGGCGGGAUUCGUCAAGUAGAUUGGCAUCCUUCGUCUCUGUUCCUCGCCGCGGGUGGCGGGGACGAGAAAGUUCGCGUCCUGGAGAGCACGGAGUGGGAAGAGAUCGCCUGUCUGGACCUGUCCAGCCCUUCUAUCCGAGCCAGCAGGGAUGCGCCGUCGAUGCCGAUGUACGGCCCGCUGAUCGCAUGGAGGGAGCCACUGAGCUGGCUCGAAGAGACGGGGGCGCGCGGCAUCGUCGGCUUGGAGCAGGCCAGCUUGCCGGUCUCGCUAACCUCGAGCAAGUCGGGAGCAAGACAAGGUGUAGCAUGGAUGGCAUGGAGCCCGGAGGGGAACUUGCUGGCUGCCCUCAACGAGCGAUUGCCACACGUUGUAUGGAUCUUUGCCUUUGCAGAACCCGGAGAGGGCAGGGUGACGGGUACUUCGCCGCGUCUGCUUGCGGUGUUGCAGCUCAAUGGCAGUGUCCGAAAGGUGUGUUGGAGGCCCGGCCACGUAGGCAAGCUCGGGGUGGUGUGCGACAACCGUGCCAUCUACACGUGGGAGCUGAUUCCGGCGUCAGCGUCACAAUACCGGCAGAGAGCAGAGGCGGUCCCAAUUCCCAACGACGAUCUCAAAGCGACUCAGCUGCAGUGGUCGCUGGAUGGGCAAAAGAUUCUGCUCGCGUCGGACUCGCUCUUUUGCUGCGCUUUCGAAGCGGGCGAGGGUUGA